AUGUCAAACUUCCGUCUUCAAGACAGAGAUGUAUAUAAAAAUAACACGAUUAAUUUCCUCAGAUGUAUUAAUUUUUUCAACAUGGAGUCUUUCCUCCCACAAAUAUGUGAGGGAUUGCAGCACAUGUCAGAGUGCGUGUUUGUGGUACUGUGUCAGAUAGUGGGGACCUCACAACAAGUGACCAUGAGGAGGGAGAUGAUUGACAUCGCGGAGAUGAUCGAUAGACGAAUCACACAUCACGGUACGAUCACGAUGAUGGUGAGUGGAAGCCAAAGAGAAGGAUUUAGACUGAAGGGAUCAGAUAUUGACAUUAUGUUUUGGCCAAACAACCAAUGCGUGAUCAUGGACGCGUCUCAGUCUGAGUAUUACAACACAGCCAAUACAGCCUUGAUUCUCUCUGAGAGUUCUGAGAGUCCACCAGGAUUCACUUUACUACGGUUUCCUACACCAUUCGCUGACCCAGUCGUCAUUUCAGCAUGUGUCAGAAUGAAUAAUAGACUAUAUACAUCUAGUUCUCUUUACAGAGAAUUAACUUGUUCCUCAGUAGUUCCUAAUUCUACACUACAUGGACCCUGCAGUAGUGGUAUCCUAGAUGGAAAGGAAUACGACUUUGCUUACUGUUUUGUUAGUGACUUUUGGCCUCCCUCUGUUUCCCUAUCGACAGACAGAUGUCACUCAUGGCCUAAUCCUCAAGUUGUUGAUGACAUUGUCAGAAAUGGAUGUCACUUUGUAGCAAUAGGACACCCAUUAGGACCUCAUGAAAAUGAAGAAUGGAGAAUUUCUUUUUCUCGUGCAGAAUAUAAACUUGUGUCGUCAAUGAACCACUGUCAGUUUUUGACAUAUGGGUUGUUAAAACUUUUCUUAAAAGAAGUUCUAAACCAACAAUCAGAUGAAACCAGUAAACUGCUGUGCUCCUAUCACAUGAAGACAACAGUUUUCUGGACAAUUCAACAAAACACAUUACCUCACUGGAGUCCACAAAAUCUCCUGGGUGGUUUCUGGCUCUGCUUUAAACUCCUCCUUAAAUGGGUGUAUGAGGGGAUCUGUCCAAACUUUUUCAUCCCACAAAACAACCUGUUUCUGACAAAGGUCCAUGGCUCAGCACAAAACAGAUUGUUCUUACAGUUAAAUGAAUUCUACAAGAAAGGUCUGGCCUGUCUGUUACAGAGUUCCUCUAUCAGGUCCUACAUCAUUGAUAUCCUGUACAACCCUACACUUUCAAUUUGUAUGAUGAUGUCUGAAGUUGAUUAUGAUGUAGAAGUGGCCGAUGAAUCCACACAAUGUUAUUAUACAAUUGCACAGCCAUGCCAUAUUACCAAAUACAUACACAUGAUAGAACAGUUUGUAGAGUCACCAAUGACACAAUAUCAAGUUGUGGUCUUACAGAAAUUUACAUCCUAUGUCCUUCACCUAACCUCUUUUCUCUUACAAAAUAUGUACACAUUCGCAGGUGUCAAUAAACAGCUGUAUAUUGCAGUCAAAAUUUCCUGUCACAUGCUGAAAUUAGCAGCCAAGGUCGGGUGUAUUUCUGAUAUGUUGUACAUUGCCAUGUAUUAUUACAAGACACUCAGAUACAGCGAAGCUUUAUCUGUUUUAGAGAUGACAAAGGUCAAGUUAGCUCAGCCUUAUCUGAUGUAUAGGGGAUCCGUAGACAGAGAGAGGUAUAAUGAGUCUGUAGGAGGACAGUCCUGGUCUACAAAGCGCAGACAGGCUGUAGCACAGGAUAUCAUCCUUAGUCCCAAAAUCUGUUAUAUCAGUGAACUAUUACCAGAACAACAGUCUGCUCUACAGAACAGAUCGAUUAGAUUAAUGAUCCCAGUGUUUGUAAUGUUACAUUUCCUAAAGUUUUUGUGUUACAGACACAUUGAUACGACAUCAUCACAAGCAGCUUUAAAUGAAUUACAGGUCCUAAUCCACCAUGAUCAGGGGAUGUAUGUAAAUAAUCUAUUCAGAGACAUCUCCUGGGAAAUCCUGGGGAUCUGUCAACAGAUGACAGGGAACCUUCAGGCUGCUCUUUACUCGUAUCAACAAUCACUCGCACAGUAUCCAUUCCACAGGAUACAAACUGCUACACAGAGGAGAAUACAUGAUGUGGUCCAGUCAACACUACACCAGUAAAUAUUUACAUUUUCCCGUGUCGUUGUCUGUGAUAACACUACGAAUCGAUUUUGUAACGUAUAGCCCAAUACAGUUCAUCAAUCACGCAGUUCGGGUGCAAGAAGGGGUUUGGAUAAUUUUACAAACUAAGAUAAAGUGAAAAUGUGAAUUACUUAAUAUUUGAUUGAAAAUUAGUUUAUAUAAUAUGAAUAUAGGUAGUAAGGAAUCAUUUAUGAGUAUUAUAAUGUGAUCAAAUAACGUUCGGGCAUGAUCGAAUCUAUCAUAAAGCCCCUUUAGGCUUUCUUUGAAUUUGAUCACUCCGGCCUUAUUUGAUCAUCUUAAAAUACUCAAUGAUUCCUUAUUUCUAAAAUUAGACAGUAAUUUGGAUGAAAGAUCUGUUAUAGAGUCAAAAAUCUAUCUACAAAACCAAUAUCUUUAUGUAGAUUUAUGCGUAGAUUUCCAUGCAGUUAA